AUGGUACGCCGAGACACCAUUUCUUCAACCAAGACCACCACCAAGUCUAACUCGUCGCAGUCGUACGCUCUUCCCGCGCAGGGGCCCGAUCCUGAGCUCUACUAUGUCAAGCAGAACCGUAUCGGCAAGGGCUCGUUUGGCGAGGUGUUCCGCGGAUACGACCGGCGCACGACUCUGCCUGUCGCCAUCAAGAUCAUCGACCUUGAGAGCGCCGAGGAUGAGAUUGACGACAUCCAGCAGGAGAUCCAGAUCCUAGGCCAGCUCGACAGCCAAUGCAUCACGAGGUACUAUGGGUCGUUCCUCAAAGGCUCGCACCUCUGGAUCAUUAUGGAGUAUUGUGCCGGCGGCUCGUGCUCAGACCUGAUGAAAGCGGGGCCGUUCAAGGAGGAGUACAUUGCGAUUCUCCUGCGCGAGCUGCUGCGGGGACUCGAGUACCUGCACGGCGAGGGCAAGCUGCAUCGUGACAUCAAGGCGGCCAACAUUCUCUUGACAGCAAAUGGCGACGUCAAGCUGGCCGACUUUGGUGUGUCGGGCCAGCUGACGGCGACCAUGACGAAGAAGAACACGUUUGUCGGCACGCCCUACUGGAUGUCGCCCGAGGUCAUCAAGCAGUCUGGCUACGACCACAAGGCCGACAUUUGGUCUCUGGGCAUCACCGCCAUUGAGCUUGCCGAGGGCGAGCCACCUUACGCGUCGUUGCACCCCAUGAAGGUGCUCUUCCUCAUCCCCAAGAACGCUCCUCCCGAGCUCUCGGACCGCUUCUCAAAGCCAUUCCGCGACUUUGUCUCGCUGUGUCUCCAGCGCGACCCCCGCAACCGUCCCAGUGCAAAGGACCUUCUCAAGCACAAGUUUAUUCGCUCAGCACGCAAGGCGUCGUACCUUACCGAACUUAUCGAACGUCACGAAAAGUGGAAGGCCGAAGGUGGACUCGGCGCUGAGGAGUCGUCGCGUGACUCGGGGCCCCAGGAGCCCGGCUUUGGACCUUCAGAGGAUGACAUGUGGGACUUUGGAACGGUGCGGAACACACUACCUGCCACCGUCUCGCGGGCCAGUCGACCACUGCCUGCCCCCGGAGGACCCCCUCCUGCGGUGGGAGUGCCUACUCCGAUGGACCCGAACGCGAUCAGCAACACCAUGCAGCGUGCAGUUCCUCGACAGGACCCCGAGCACAUGGCGCCACAGAUGGCUCAGCACAUGGCGCAGAUGCAAAACGACCACUCUGCCGCCCACCAGCAGCUGCAGCAGCAACAGCUCCGUGACCAGCAACUCCGCGAUCAGCAGCUCCGUGAACAGCACUUGCGCGACCAGGCUCAGGCGUACCCAGCGGCUCAGUCACAGCCGCGCAACUCGGUCGGACAGCACCCCGCGUACGGUGCACCUGACCCCCAUGCCCAUGCCGCUCAGAUGGCACAACACUUGCCGCCCAACCUGCACCAUGCCGACCCAUUACUCGACGACGACGAGGACAGCAUGCUGGACAAUGUGAUCGUGCCAGCUAUUGCAAGUCUGCAGGCCCGCAUACCAAACGACGAGGCGGCGCGCGUCGUGCUCGAACGCCUGCGCCAGGCAUUCGACUCUUGUGAGAGGCAGAUCCCAGGCGUCACCUCGGCUUUUGUGCUCGAGAUUAUUGAGAAUGUCGAACAGGUCGACGAGCACUAG